GAUUCACCAUGCCGUCGCCAGCGCUUCCAGCGAUCCGGGACAGGUUUGUCUUGCCAGACUGGGAGACGGGAGUGGUCGCGGCAUCUAUGUCGCUAGGGAUGCUAGCAGCUGUGUGGUUCUGGCCCACCCGAAGCGACGCCUGGGGCCGCACCACGGUGCUGAAGAUGUCGUUGUCCAUCACCGCCCUCUGCUUCCUUCUGCAGGCAGGUCUGCUUCGGAUGGAGUGGUUCCAUGCCUUCCUUUUCAUGCGGCUGCUCACGGGUUGUUUUGCUGGCUGCAAUCCGAUCUUCAAAGCCUACCUGGCCGACGUCGUUCCUCCCUCAGAGCUCCCCCGCUUCAUGGUCUGGCGCGAGGCCUCGGCCACCUUUGCUUUCAUCGUGGGGCCUCUGCUGGGAGGCCUGUUGACCUCACAAAUCGGGAUUGCUGGGCCCUUCGUUGCGACCUUUGUCGCCCACGGUCUUGGCGCUUUGAUGAUCUUCUCAGGAUGUGUGGAGGAGUCUCCGGUUCGGCUUCCUGACAAAGUCGACGAGUCUGAGAGGCAUCAGUCCGAAGACUGGCCGCCACUGGUGAUCAAGGUCUUUAUCAUGUCCUUCUUCUAUGUGGUGAGCCAGACUUGUUUCUCGAUUUUCACUCCACUUCUCCUCCACGACGGUUUCGGCUUCGGCGCCGAGGCUAUUGGGGGCUUCCUAACUGUGGUCAGUUCGGGCGUCCUUGCUUGCCAGUUGCUCUGCUACAAGCCCCUUGAGCGCCGACUGGGCCUUGAGUACACAGGUGCUGUGGGUGCCCUGACCAUCAUGAUGGGUCUCCUGCUCAUGGGCUUGCGAAAUCCCUUCAACCAGCCCUAUCUUCUGUAUCUUGGCGGGGCCUGCUACGCGUUUGGCUCUGCUACCUUCCCUGCCACGGUACCCACGCUCUUGGCCAAGUCUGUAAGCAGAGAUCAGCGUGGGAAGGUAUUGGGCAGGGACUCACUGAUCAACAACAUCGGGAGAGUCGUGACCCCCCUGUGCCUUGCAGUUCUUUAUGGCCAGUCACGUUUCCUGUGCUUUGCAGCCGGGUCUUGUGCAUCACUUAUGGUGAUAUUAAUGCUUCUUUCAAUACGGAGAGAGAAGUUGGAUAAAGCCUCCAACUAA